GGAGAGUAUUUACCGUGGUAAAAAGGGCGAAAAGACACAUUAAGGAACGCCUGGAGGACGAACUCCGAGGAUCACCGGUCUAGGGCUUGUAGAGCACGGUGAUGUCCGGCCCGUUGAAAGAUGCUGGCGGCGAUCUACAGCUGGUCGCGGUGGCCCCGGCGGCCGGCGCUCCUGCGAAGGCGGGGGGCGGCGAGGGCGCGAUCGUGGAGCACGGGAAGGGCGGCGCCGUGCUGCGAGAGGACGAGGAGGACCUCGAGGUCAAGCUCCGCCGGAUCAUGGAGAAUGUCCCCGUCAGGGUCAGCAACACCUCCGGCAGCUCCGCCGGUUCCGGUUCCGGCGACUUCCACCAGUAUCGGCAAAUGAGGCGGAAGGAGCAAGAUCGACUUUCAAGGAUGGAUGCAGACUACCAGAGAAGGAAAGAGCUGGCGGAAUUCAAUAUGAGGAGGGAGGAAAGAAUGAAAGCUGCGGAGGAACGGACUGCAAAGAAACGCUUGAAACGCCAGAAGAAGAAAAAGAGGAAGAAAGAGAAGAAGAAUCUGAAUAAUGGAGGGGAAGAGCCUCGCAAUGAAGAGUCUUCAGAUAAUGGGGAUUCUGAUGAAGCCGAUGAAACCUAACAGUGAGGAUCUGCCUUUACUUCACAUUGGAAGGCAUGUUUAAAGUGAGACUCUGGAAUCUGGACAGUUGAUUAGGAAAAAGCAUCCAGUUGACAUUCUUAACUCCUGGCUAGCUUCCGUGGCGACUCAGUUCCUAAUCAACUUCAGGAUCGAACAAUGUGCUGAUGAUACCAUCAUUUUCUUUCUUGGUAGCAUCUCAAACUUUGGUAUCAUUAGGAUCGCAAACGAUUAUCAUUCUCCAGAUAUUCAUUGAUGGGAGACCCAAAGAGAUAUAUUUUUAUUUUAAAACAGAGAAAUGGUACUUUAAAUUAGAAUAUUAAGGUAAACUUACUACGUUGUUAACAAGCAGCUAUUCUGUAAUUUGCAAACUUAGGAAAAGCUGGACAACUGGAAAAUGUGGACUGAAAAGCACAUCUGCUAUAUCCUCAAUGCGUGAUGAUCUUCCUUUACAGUUAUUGAAAAGCAAGGGAUUGUGCUCCGAAGGGGUUAAUAACUAGUAGUUGAAACUUUUGGCA